CCUGAAAAGUGAGUGUCUCGCUCUGUUCGCAGUCAGACAUUGUUCAAGCCUCAAAGAAAACGGGUGUUUGAAACUAAAUAGCUCCGCCGUUAACAUAUACAUUUUUUUGUGUUCACAAAACCACAAAAAUAAAAUUGUGUUGUGUGGUAAAGUCAUUAUAAUAGAGAAGUGUCGAAACUAAAUUCAUAAGAAAUUUCCAAAGGUUUUAUAAACAAAAAAGCGCAAAACAAAAGAAAAGUUCAAGCAAAUAAAUGUAUACAAAGUGUUUAAAGUGUUUCGCACAAACAUACCAUUUUCGGACAUUUUCCAAGUUCAUUAAAGCUCAUUUGAGUAGUUCGAAGUAAUUUGAGCGCCACCUUGUAACCACCUUCGCCUGCUGCCACAUCCUUUAACGCCCUUCAACGUCCUUCAAUCGCUGCGCCAUUUACAAAAUCAAAUAAUAAAAUUUAUAUAAAUUUUUAAAUAUUUAUCCAAACAAAAAAAAAAUUGGAAUUAUGUCUUUACGUUGUGCCGGUUUAUUCAUCAGCAAGGAGCUUUCUGCUUCCUCUCAGCUGGCAACGCAAUUCCGUAACCUUAAUCUGACCUCCAUGCGUCAGGCACAUUUUCUAAAAAAUUCGCCUAAUGCAGCACUAAACAAGACAUUGUUAGAUCGCUAUCGCCACCUGGAAACUCCAAAGGACCGUGUUCAGGCAACUUACCUAUGGAUCGAUGGAACUGGCGAGAAUAUCCGUUUGAAGGAUCGUGUCUUGAAUAAGGUGCCGUCUGGCGUUGAAGAUCUACCCAAUUGGCAAUAUGAUGGCAGCUCCACUUAUCAGGCUUCUGGUGAAAAUUCAGAUACUACCCUCAUACCACGUGCCAUGUAUCGGGAUCCAUUCAAGCCCGGUAAGAAUGACCUUCUCGUUAUGUGCGACACCUACUCUGCCGAUGGUAAACCCACCCCAUCCAAUAAGCGUGCUGCUUGCCAACAAGCCAUGGAAAAGGUCGCUGAUCAAGAGCCAUGGUUCGGUAUUGAACAGGAGUAUACUUUACUCGAUGUUGAAGGACGUCCAUUCGGUUGGCCUGAGGGUGGCUUUCCCGCCCCUCAAGGACCUUAUUAUUGCGGUGUAGGUGCCGACCGUGUUUACGCCCGUGACUUAGUGGAAGCUCACGCCAUCGCAUGUUUAUAUGCAGGAAUCGACUUCGCCGGUACCAAUGCUGAAGUCAUGCCCGCACAAUGGGAAUAUCAAGUAGGCCCUAGUACCGGACUUAAGGCUAGUGACGAUCUGUGGGUGUCACGUUAUAUUUUGCAACGUAUUGCUGAAGAAUACGGUAUUGUAGUCACAUUCGAUCCCAAGCCAAUGGAUGGCCCGUGGAAUGGCGCUGGUGCUCAUCACAACUUCUCUACCAAAGCGAUGCGUGGUGAAGGCGGAAUGAAAGUUAUUGAAGAUGCCAUUAAGAAGUUGAGUAAGCACCAGGAACGUCACAUCCGUGCAUACGAUCCCAAGGAGGGCAAGGACAAUGAACGUCGCUUGGUUGGCCGUCUUGAGACUUCGAGCAUUGACAAGUUCUCUUGGGGAAUCGCGAAUCGCGGCUCCAGUGUACGCAUUCCUCGUGGCGUGGCCACUGCCGGUAAGGGUUAUUUCGAGGAUCGUCGUCCAAGCUCCAACUGCGAUCCUUAUGCCGUUUGUAAUGCAUUAGUGCGAACCUGUCUGCUCGAUGAAUAAACUGAGUGAGCAGCCCAAUCAAUGAGAGCAUCAAGGCCAAAAUACUUCAAAAAAGCACUGGCACAAAAAUCAAUACAAGAAUCCAACAUAAAAGAGAAAUUGAUUUAAGUUAAGCAAACUUUCAGGGGAAAAUAAAAUAGUUAAAAUUUUGUAAAUAAAUCUAUAUUAUAAAUGAACUUGAACCCAAUUACGAAAAUGAUGGAAAAAUUUAUUAGUGUUUUCGAAAAUUCGAACGUGAAAGGUGUGUUGUUUGUUAAAAUUUCUUCGAUACCGAAUUCAUUUAAGUUAAUUACCUAAGUGGAGUUCAGAAACCCAAAUAAAUAUGUUGUUAUUAAAUGUUAUUGUGUAAGCACUAUUUUAGAAAGGAAGUUAAAUUUAUUUAUGUAUAAGCGAAGAAUGCAAUUGCUUUAUUUUAGGUACAUUUACAAAUAUACAUACCUAUGUAUUCCAUUAUAUAUAAACGAUUUAUAUUUUUUACGAUUUAUAUCUUUAAUUUCAAUGAAUAAAUAAGCACAAAUAUCAUACGUAUCAAUGACCAAUGAGUAAAAACACAUGUGUAUGUAUCAAAUUAUAUGGAAUAUUACUGCACUUUUUAGAGUAAAACCAGAUGUGGAGUUAUUCCAAAUAGUAAACAUUGAACUUAUCUCGUAAAGCUCAAACGAUAAAUGGGAAAAAGCUCAAAAGAAUGUCCACAAACAGAAACUUGAAUUGCCAAAUAUACGCAUAUGUACAUAUGUACAUAUGUAUUACGAAAAUAGGAAACACAAAUCUUUUAAAAAUAAGCACAUUUUAUCAAAAUGAAUGUACACGUAUGUUAACGUUAUUAUGAUGAAUAGUUUAAGCAGACCACAAUGAUAAAAACCGAAGAAGAGAUGAAUAAAGAAAUAUGUAAAUAUUAA